AUGGAAGAAAGCAUCGAUGGGUCACGCAAUUUUAUUAUAUUCUUCUCAUAUAUAGGAAUAGGAUUCAAUGGAUCGGCAUACCAAAAAGACAACAAUAAUACAGUUGAAAAUAAACUGAUAGAAAGACUUCAACAAUUAGAUUUAAUUUCAGACUCAAAUUGUUCCUUUUCCCGCGUUUCGAGAACGGACAAAGGGGUCUCUGCUCGCAUGAAUGCAUUAACUAUAAGACUAAAAAUUAAGUACCCACAUUUAUCUAUAUCAAUCAUUGAAAAAAUAUAUCUUAAAGAGUUAAAUAAAAAAUUAAAAAAUAUACAAAUUGUUCAUAUUCAAUGUGUUCCAAAUAAUUUUGAUGCUCGGUUAAACUGUAUAGAGAGAACUUAUCUCUACUUUUUUGUCAACAAAAAUUAUAACAUUACUAGGAUGAAUGAGGCUGCAAAAAUAUUUUUAGGUGAACACGAUUUUUCUAAUUUUUGCAAAAAGAGAAAAAACACCACUUCCUUUAUAAGAACUAUUCAUAAAUUUGAGAUUAAAAGGAUUGAUCAAAACUUUUAUUACUUUAAAAUAAAAGGGACAUCAUUUUUAUACAACCAGAUUAGACAUAUGGUUGCUUCCCUAUUUUUAGUUGGGAAGGGACAGUUGGAUGAGCAUGACAUAAAAAGCAUGUUGGAAAAUAAUUCCGUCAAAAAUAAAAACUACAAAAUAGCCGAUGAGUGCGGGCUGCUACUACAUUCGUUCAAGUUUAGUGAUCUCAAUUUUGAUGUUAAAGUUGAUAAUAAAAUAUUUUUAAAUAGUAUGAAUAAGUAUAUACAAACAACCAUACUUUUAGUAUCCCUUUGUUAUCCCUUAAAAAUUAAAGAACCAACUGAUAAUUUUUUUGAAAAUAUAUGUGAUGAGACUGAAUAA